AUGGAGAAAGCGUCGUUUUUUCAGGUUCUAGCAUUUUUAUUAACAUCUCUUCACCUUCUAGCAACUUGCAGCUUAGCCAUGAAUAUUAGCACUGAUCAAUCUUCUCUUCUUUCCUUGAGAGCCCACAUCACUUCAGAUCCUAAUCACAUUCUUUCGACAAACUGGUCUUCUUCAAUCUCAGUUUGUAACUGGAUUGGGAUCACUUGUGGCUCUCGUCAUCAACGAGUGAUUGCAUUGACUAUUUCAGUGUCAACAAAUUCUGUGGUGAAACCACCAGAAUUUUCUCAUUUACGAAGAUUGACAGACAUUGAUCUUAGUUACAACAACUUCACCGGAGAAAUUCCAAUAGGAAUAGCCACUCUUCAGAAUUUGAAAAGGUUCGCCUUGGGAUACAAUAAUAAACUCAAUGGCUCCAAUGUGCUCUCCAUAUUCAACACCUCAACACUCAAAAUUUUGGAUCUUAGAGAAGCGGGUGUGACUGGUGAUUUACCUUCUGAUUUAUGUCGUUGCCUUCGCAGAUUGCAAACGCUUACACUUGGAUACAACAAGUUAAGCGGAGAGAUACCAAGAAACAUAUCUGAAUGCUCGAAACUUCAAGUCCUAAUGUUGUUUGAAAAUAACUUUGUCGGAACCAUUCCAAGUGAAUUAGGCACAAUUCCUGAUAAGAUUGGUCAUGUUCAUAACUUGAAGGAGUUAUUCAUUGAGGAAAAUAAAUUAACAGGCUCAAUCCCUUUAACCUUAUUCAACAUUUCUUCACUUGAAGUGUUAUAUAUGAAUGAUAACAUGCUUGAAGGACUUUUACCAAGACAGAUUGGAAAUUUAACUAUGCUUGCCUGGCUUACUCUUUACAAUAAUAAACUGACAGGUGUAAUUCCAGAUGAAGUUGGUAAUCUUCAAGAUUUGUCGGCAAUUUCAUUGGCUUUCAAUGACUUUAGUGGGUCCAUCCCAAUUGUUAUUUUCAAUAUCUCAUCACUUGUAAUAAUUGCACUCUUAGGAAACCACAUUUCAGGUAAUCUUCCUUCAACUAUAGGGAAACCACAUUUCAGUUUACCUAAUGUUGAAGGAAUAUUUCUAGGUGGAAACAACAUUAAUGGUGUCAUACCUAGUUCCAUCUCAAAUUUGACUAAGCUUACCGCCCUCGAACUCUAUAGUAAUGAAUUUAUGGUUCUAUUCCUGAAUCUCUUGGAAAUUUAA